UUAAUUAUUAUUACAGUCAAAUUAUUUGUUUCGUUCCUUUUCUAUUCCUACUAAAAUUCAAACCAUAAAAACAGGGCUUAUUUUUACGUUUUUUUGUAUGUUUCUUUGUUCAUUGUUGUAGCAUUUGUAUUUUUUUGGUGUCAGAUACAUACAUGUUAGUGUCUUACUCCAAUUUUCUUUUGUUUUUCAAAUUAUUAUUAUUGUCGAGGUAUAUGUGUUAAUGUCAGCGUGAGUGUGUCAUGUCUGGUGUCUGUGUGAAGGGUUUUUAGUGUGUGUAUCUAUUGGCCUUAAUAACUGAGAUGUGACCAAUUAUGAAGCUGAAACAAGUUAUGUGACUUUGCAUGAUUCAUUAAUCAACAGGUGACUGUGAAGCUACUUCUCAGAAGCACACGGUUUUGAUAUCAGUGAUAGCUGUACGUGCAAAUCUGCCUUUCCAAAUCAGAGUUACUGUAACCACUACAGCAAUCUCUAAAAUUCCAUAUUAACUUCUCUUUUAAAGUUUGAGCAGCAAAGAGAAGAUAAGGAAAUGACUGGAUUUUGGAGUGUGUUUUGUGGGGAAUCUGAUUGUUCAAAGCAGUGCAGUUUUGAUGUUAAGUUUCUCAUUGAUCCUUCCACAUGUAUCAACCAUUUGUUGAUAUCUUGCUUUGAUUUAUUGCUUCUCAUCAUGCUCCUAUCUGUAGUGAUCCAAAAGUCAUCAUUAAAACCAUAUCAGGGUCUUAUACACAGGCAAAGAUAUUCAAAUCUGCAACUAGUUUCUGCCAUAACCAAUAGUGCUCUUGGCUUGGUGCAUUUAUUCUUCGGCAUUUGGAUUUUAGAGGAGAAGUUGAGGAAAAAUAAAACUGCAUUGCCUCUUGAUUUGUGGUUGCUAGAAUUUAUUCAAGGACUAACAUGGCUGUUAGUUGGUUUAUCAUUAAGCCUUAAGUUUAAACAACUUCCAAGAACAUGGUUAAAGCUUUUUUCUGUUCUAAUAUUCUUGGUUUCUGGUUUAAACUGUGGUUUAUCCUUGUUUUAUGCAAUCAAUAGCAUACAACUUUCACUCAAGGUAGCAUUAGAUGUUCUAUCUUUUCCGGGCGCAAUUUUAUUACUAUUAUGCACAUACAAGUAUAAGGACACUGACCGAGAAAUCGAUGAAAGCCUUUACACACCUUUAAAUGGUGAGUCAAAUAAAAAUGAUUCUGUUAGCCAUGUAACUCUAUUUGCCAAAGCUGGAUUCUUCAGUAGGAUGUCAUUUCAGUGGCUGAAUCCAUUGAUGAAGAGCGGGAAAGAGAAAACACUUGAGGAUGAAGAUGUUCCAAAGUUGAGGGAGGAAGAUAGAGCAGAAAGUUGUUAUUCGCUGUUUCUAGACCAAUUAAACAAGCAGAAAAAGAAGGAUCCAUCUUCACAACCAUCUGUUUUGUUGACAUUAUUUUUAUGUCACUGGAGAGAAAUUCUGAUAUCUGGAUUCUUUGCAUUGCUCAAGGUACUUGCACUGUCUUCUGGACCCAUGCUUCUUAAUUCCUUUAUAUUAGUUGCUGAAGGCCAUGAGAGUUUCAAAUAUGAAGGUUUUGUAUUGGCCGUAGUACUUUUCUUUAUAAAAAUUAUAGAAUCUCUAUCACAAAGGCAAUGGUACUUUCGCUCGAGACUCGUCGGUCUUAAAGUUCGUUCACUGUUAACUGCAGCAGUUUAUAAAAAGCAACUGAGGUUAUCCAAUUCAGCUAGAUUGGUGCACUCUAGUGGUGAGAUAAUGAAUUAUGUGACUGUGGAUGCUUAUAGAAUUGGAGAAUUUCCUUAUUGGUUUCACCAAACAUGGACAACUAGCUUCCAACUGUGUAUCUCAUUAGUAAUACUUUUCAAUGCUGUUGGGCUAGCUACAAUUGCUUCCUUGGUAGUGAUAGUUAUCACAGUACUUUGCAAUACACCCCUUGCAAAGUUGCAACAUAAGUUUCAAAGCAAACUUAUGGUGGCACAAGAUGAGAGAUUGAAGGCUACUUCUGAGGCUCUUGUCAAUAUGAAGGUGCUGAAGUUGUAUGCUUGGGAAACAAGCUUUAAGAAUUCUAUUGAAAGAUUAAGGAAUGAGGAGAUGAAAUGGUUGUCUGCAGUGCAAUUGAGAAAGGCAUACAAUACCUUUCUCUUUUGGUCCUCACCAGUUUUAGUCUCUGCUGCUUCAUUUGGAGCGUGUUACUUUCUUAAUGUUCCUUUGCAUGCAAAUAAUGUUUUCACUUUUGUUGCGACUUUGCGCCUUGUUCAAGAUCCGAUUAGAACCAUCCCUGAUGUUAUUGGGGUAGUCAUUCAGGCGAAAGUUGCAUUCGCCCGGAUUCUAAAAUUUUUGGAGGCAGCUGAGCUGCAGAGUGAAAAUGUUAGGAAAAAAGGUUCUGAUGGCAAUAUGAAGGGCUCAAUUUCAAUAAAAUCUGCUGAUUUUGCAUGGGAAGAUAAUAAUGUAUCGAAACCAACAUUGAGAAACAUAAAUUUGGAAGUUAGAUCUGGACAAAAGGUGGCUAUUUGUGGAGAGGUUGGCUCAGGAAAAUCCACUCUCUUGGCAGCAAUUCUCAGAGAAGUUCCUAACACUCAAGGAAAAAUUGAUGUGUAUGGAAAGUUUGCCUAUGUUUCUCAAACAGCAUGGAUACAGACAGGUACAGUAAGGGAUAAUAUAUUGUUUGGAUCAACUAUGGAUGCUCAAAAAUAUCAGGAAACUCUUCACAGGUCUUCACUAGUGAAAGACCUUGAGUUGUUUCCCCAUGGUGAUCUCACUGAAAUAGGAGAGAGAGGGGUUAACUUGAGUGGAGGUCAGAAGCAGCGAAUUCAACUUGCCCGUGCUCUUUAUCAGAAUGCUGAUAUAUAUCUCUUGGAUGAUCCAUUCAGUGCUGUCGAUGCACAAACUGCCACAAAUUUGUUUAAUGAAUACAUUAUGGAAGGGCUUGCUGGGAAGACAAUCUUACUUGUGACUCAUCAAGUUGACUUCCUUCCAGCAUUUGAUUUUCUUUUGUUGAUGUCAGAUGGAGAGAUCAUACAAGCUGCCCCUUAUCAUCAAUUGUUAACUACAAGCAAAGAAUUUCAGGAACUUGUGAAUGCUCACAAAGAAACCGCUGGUUCUGACCGGCUUGUGGAUGUUACUUCUUCUGCAAGACAUUCGAAUCCUGCUAAAGAGAUUAGAAAAACAUAUGUGGAGAAAGAACAGCAAUAUGAAGCACCGAAAGGUGAUCAAUUGAUUAAACAAGAAGAGAGAGAGAUAGGAGAUCAAGGGUUUAAGCCUUACUUACAGUAUCUGAAUCAGAACAGAGGAUAUGUAUACUUCUCAGUGGCUUCUGUUUCUCACCUUAUAUUUGUGAUUGGCCAGAUAUUGCAAAACUCAUGGAUGGCUGCUAAUGUUGACAAUCCUAAAGUCAGCACUUUGAGAUUGAUUCUAGUUUACUUAUUGAUUGGAGUUACUUCAACAGUGUUCUUAUUGAUGAGAAGUCUUUUCACAGUUGCUUUGGGUCUUCAAUCUUCAAAGUCUUUAUUUUUACGGCUACUGAACUCAUUAUUUCGCGCACCGAUGUCGUUUUAUGAUUCUACGCCUUUGGGACGAAUACUUAGUAGGGUCUCUUCUGAUCUCAGCAUUGUUGAUCUUGAUGUUCCAUUUGGCCUUCUUUUCACUGUGGGAGCUACGACGAAUUGCUAUGCAAGUCUAACUGUUUUAGCAGUGGUUACUUGGCAAGUCUUGUUUGUCUCUAUACCGAUGGUUUAUUUUGCGCUGCGCUUACAGAAAUAUUACUUUGCUUCGGCAAAAGAACUAAUGCGGAUGAAUGGCACAACAAAAUCCUUUGUAGCUAACCAUCUAGCAGAAUCUGUUGCUGGAGCUGUGACAAUAAGGGCUUUUGAAGAGGAAGACCGCUUUUUUGUGAAGAACCUUGAUCUAAUUGAUAUCAAUGGUACUCCUUUCUUCCAUAGUUUUGCUGCAAAUGAAUGGUUGAUUCAACGGUUGGAAACAGUUAGUGCUGUUGUUCUUGCGUCUGCUGCACUUUGCAUGGUUAUACUUCCACCUGGCACUUUCUCCUCUGGAUUUAUUGGCAUGGCUCUCUCUUAUGGUCUUUCAUUAAACGCUUCCUUAGUGUUUUCAAUUCAAAAUCAAUGCAAUAUAGCAAAUUACAUAAUAUCAGUGGAGAGGCUAAAUCAAUAUAUGCACGUAAAAAGUGAGGCACCAGAAGUAAUAGAAGGAAAUCGUCCUCCGGUGAAUUGGCCAAUUGUUGGAAAAGUAGAAAUAAAGGAACUACAGAUACGGUACAGGCCUGAUGCACCACUAGUACUCCGUGGGAUCACAUGUACCUUUGAAGGAGGACACAAAAUUGGUAUUGUUGGCCGGACAGGCAGCGGCAAGACCACUCUAAUUGGCGCUUUAUUUCGUCUAGUAGAGCCAGAAGGUGGAAAAAUCAUUGUUGAUGGCAUUGACAUUUCUUCCAUUGGACUUCAUGAUUUGAGGUCACGUUUUGGUAUCAUACCUCAGGAUCCUACUCUUUUUAAUGGAACAGUUAGAUACAAUUUGGACCCUUUAUCUCAACAUUCUGAUCAAGAGAUAUGGGAGGUUCUUGGAAAGUGUCAGUUGCAAGAGGCUGUUCAAGAGAAAGAAGGUGGCUUAGACUCCUCAGUUGUUGAAGACGGGGCGAAUUGGAGCAUGGGACAACGGCAGUUAUUCUGUUUAGGACGAGCUCUUCUAAGGAGAAGCCGGGUAUUGGUGUUGGACGAAGCAACUGCAUCAAUUGAUAAUGCAACUGACUUGAUUCUGCAGAAAACCAUUAGGACUGAGUUUGCAGAUUGUACGGUAAUCACGGUAGCUCAUAGGAUACCAACUGUGAUGGAUUGCACUAAAGUUCUAGCCAUCAGUGAUGGAAAAUUGGUAGAGUAUGAUGAGCCAAUGAACUUGAUGAAGAGAGAAGGAUCUUUGUUUGGGAAGCUUGUUAAAGAAUAUUGGUCUCAUUUUCAGUCUGCAGAGUCUCAUUAAAGCUGAAAAUGUUUCUUGUUUUUGAAUUGUAUCUCUUUAUGUAGGAUUGGCUAGAAGCCAAUGAAGUGUAAAUAGAAGUAGAGGAUGUAAAAUCUAUUAUUAUAUUUGGACAAACACUGAGGCCUAAGUAAGAAGAAAAUGAUUCAAAGGAAUUCUAAAUGUACAAUUUACCAAUGAGUGUUUACUACUGUACUGUACAACAUUUCUUUGACAUCAAAACUUAAUCAAACUAUUUUUCAGA